AUGGUGCCAAAAAUUAAGGAAAAAAGUAUUCGAAUUCAAGAAGUGAUACCAAGGAAUUGUAAUACCAAAAACACUGGUACCAAAAGCAGUGGUACCAAAGUUUUCAAAAUAAAAAGCAGUGGUACCAAAAGCAGUGUCACCAAAAGUAGUGGUACAAAAAUUAGUGGUACCAAAAGUAGUGGUACCAAAAGUAGUGGUACCAAAAUUAGUGGUACCAAAAACAGUGGUACCAAAAGUAGUGGUACCAAAAGCAGUGGUACCAAAAGCAGUGGUACCAAAAACAGUGGUACAAAAAUUAAUGGUACCAAAAGCAGUGGUACCAAAGAUUUCAAAAUAUCAUCUGAUACAAAAAUAUUGGAGUAA